AUGCAGACCUCAGGCAAUAGCGUGGUUCUUGUCCGGCGAUUGAAGCGAAAGGACGAGAGCACCUGGAAACACCUCACCCGCUGGUUUGUCGAGAACCAGAUUGGCCUCUCCUUCAACCUCGUCGCGCUUCUCUUCCUCGCCCACAGCUUCAUCCCCAGGGCUAGGAUUCACACCACCAAAUUCUUCCAACUUAGCUAUUACAACCCCCUGUCCGGCGAGUACGGCAUCGGUUUCGACGAUGGUUAUUUUCUCGUCUUCGGCAUUGUUGCCUUCACCGGCCUCCGCGCCGCCACCAUGGAGUACCUGCUUGCGCCUCUCGCCAAGCUUCAGGGCAUCACUAAGAGGAAAGCCUUGACCCGCUUUAGCGAGCAAGCUUGGCUCACUGCUCUCUACACUGUCUUCUGGCCCCUGGGAAUGUACAUCUACUACAAUUCGCCGUACUGGUUGAAUAUGACGGAGCUCUGGACCAGCUGGCCCAACCGCGAGCUCGGUGGUCUCAUGAAGAGCUACUUGCUGGUCCAGUGGGCAUUCUGGCUGCAGCAACUCAUUGUUAUCCAUAUUGAAGAGCGUCGUAAGGACCAUUGGCAGAUGCUCACUCACCAUUUCGUCACCACAGCCCUCAUCUGGGCGUGCUACUGCUACGGCCAUACCCGCAUCGGCAACUUCAUACUGGUAAUCAUGGAUCUGGGUGAUUUGAUCCUACCGCUCGCCAAAUGUUUAAAGUACUGCGGAUUCCAGACGCUUUGCGACGCCAUGUUUGGCCUUUUCGUCGUCUCAUGGUUUGUUUGUCGGCACGUUCUGUACUUGACGGCCUGCUGGUCUGUCUAUGCACAGUCGACCAAAAUCACAGGCAACGUCUGUUUCCACGGCGACAAUGAGAAUAGGGUCGGACCUUUUGACACGCCUCCUGGACACUCGUACAUGCUUCAGCCUUUCAUGGACACCAGCGGCCUGCUCUGCUUCAAUGAUACCGUCAAGUGGACCUUCCUAGCGCCCCUCCUAUUCCUCCAGGUCCUCACCCUCAUCUGGUUCACCAUGAUUAUUCGUGUUGUGAUCAAAGUCCUCAAGGGGGGUGUCUCUGAUGAUGUCCGGAGUGACGGCGAGGAGGAUGAGGGAGAAGAAGAAGACGAAUUCAUUUACGAGGAAGCUCAGCCCCUCGAGGAGGAGGUCGGCGUCGAGGAUCUUGACCUUCGGAACUGGGAGCGUCGUCACGGCCUCAGGAAGCAGGCUAGCAGCUCUGGAGUCAGUCUGCCGGGACAUAGCGAUCGCAAGGAGUUGCUGGGUCGCAUUGGUUGCGAGAAGCAGGUUGAUUAA